GUUGAUUUGGUCCCUUUGGUUCGCUGAUUGUUCUUUCUUUGCCCUAGUUCUCAAAAAUCCCUCUAUUCUGGCUCUACCUUCUUCUCAGGCAUCCUCCAUCGCGCCGCGAUCUCCGGUGUUGCCUGACAUAUUUCCAAUGGCGAAAGAGAAACUUAUACUGAUAUGUCAGUUUGGUGGAGAGUUUGUGAAGAAUGAAGAUGGUUCAUUGACGUAUAAUGGAGGGAACGCGGAGGCAGUUACUGUUAACGGAGAAACUCUUUUUGACGAUUUCAAAUUAAAGCUGGCUGAAAUGUUUAAUCUGGAAUAUAAGUCUGUUUCCAUCAAGUAUUUUCUUCCUAGAAACAAUAGAACAUUGAUUACUUUAUCAAGUGACAAGGACCUCAAAAGGAUGCUUGGUUAUCACACAGGCUCUAUAACAGCUAAUAUUUAUGUGACUGGAAAAGAAGGUUUUGAUCUUAUCGCCUUGAAUAAAAACGAGAAAAGUGGUAAUGGUAUUGAAGCAGUAGAAGCUGUGAAUAAAGAUAUUCAAAAGGGGGAAGUAGUGGAAACCGCAAACGGUGUAGUUAUUCCUUCAGCCUCAACUGCCGCCGCCUCUACUUCUUCUGCUCUGUUUGAUGUGGCAAUUCAGGUUAGCGAUGUCGCUAGUAGAAAAGCGACAAAAAAAGGAGGAUCUAAAAGAGCUCGUAAAGUCGUUACUCCUAAUUCUAAGAAGACGUUAAUAGAAGUUGAUGUAACUGCUUCGGAUUCUAUUUCUUCUACUUCUGAUGACGAUGAUGAUGAUGACGGCGAUGAUAUUGCCCUUCAUGGUGAAGAUGAUGAUGAUGAUGAUGAUUAUUACUGUAGAACUAAUUCUUCACCAUUCGACGGAACACUGAAAAUCGACAUGCUUUCGACCCCAGCUGAUUCCGUUAAGAAGAGAAGGCGUUCAUCUCGCUUGAACAGUGUCAAAAAUAGUACUUCGAAAGAUGAAGAACUCGAUCAAGACAAUUUUGACCUUACCUAUACCGACGAUAUAUCAUUUAUGAAACUCGUCGCCACUUGGAAAGACGGUAUAACCGGAAUUAACCAAGAAUUCAAGGACAUUAACGACUUUCGCGACACCUUACAGAAAUACGCAAUAGCGCAACGAUUCGGGUUCAGGUUAAAGAAGAAUGACGUCAACCGUGCCAGUGGCGUUUGUGUAGUUGAAGGCUGUUCCUGGAAGAUCAGUGCUUCGAGGAUUGCUUCUUCGAAAACGAUUAAAAUUAGGAAGUUCAACGAUUCCCACACUUGUAAUGGGGAAUCAUGGAAAUCGGCUCAUCCUGCUAAGAGGUGGCUGAUGAAGAGAAUAAAGGAGAAGCUAAGCGACUCCCCCCAUUCUAAGCCUCGAGCAAUCGCGAGCAAAAUCCUGCAGGAUUUCGGAAUGGAGAUGAAAUAUUCUCGGGAUUGGCGAGGAAUUGAGAAUGCGAUCCAGGGAUCGCAUUCUGAGGCCUACAACAUGUUGCCUCGUAUUUGCGAGAAAAUAACUUGUGAAAACCCUGGAAGCAUCGCAGACUUAGUGAUCGACGACGAGAAACAAUUCCGUAGCCUCUUCGUGAGUUUUCGAGCUUCGGUUCAAGGUUUCCUAAGCGGUUGUCGCCCGCUCGUGUUUCUCGAGUCGAUUUCUCUUAGGUCGAAAUAUCAGGAGUCUUUGUUGAUCGCGACCGGUCUAGAUGGUGAUGAGUCGGUCUUCCCAAUCGCUUUCGCGAUUGUGGACGUUGAAAGCGACCUCAAAUGGCGUUGGUUUUUGGAACAAAUGAAGCCCUCUUUAUUAUCGGCAUCUGAUGGACCCAUCUUGACUUUUGUCUUCGAUCGAGAGACCGGAUUAAAGGAUAUCGUGAACGAGGUUUUUAUCAACAAUGCUUAUUGCGGUUAUUCAAUGUAUCACCUUCUAGAAGGUCUCAACAGUUGCUCGAAAGGACCUUUUCACGGCGAAGGGAGAAUCUCACUUCCCGUGAAUUUUGUAGCCGCCGCUCAAUCAGUUCGAGUUGCGGGCUUCCGGAAGUUCACUGGACAGAUAAAGAACGUUUCUUCCGAUGUCUACGAUUGGGUCAUGCAGAUUGAGCCCGAAUGCUGGACCACCUCAUUGUUCAAAGGCGAGCGUUUCAACCACAUAACCGAAAAGAUAUCACAAUCCUACGACGAAUUGAUGGAAGAAGUUCAGGAUUUCCCGAUAACCCAGAAGAUCGACUCGUUAAUCAACAUGAUAACAUAUUCGACAAGCACCCGAAAGGAGAACUCCGAGAACUGGUCUACAAAACUAACUCCCUCAAAGGAGGAGAAGUUACGUGAGGAAAUCUUCGACUCGCGGGGACUCAAGGUGCUGACAUCAUCCGACACAAUGUUCGAGGUCCACGGGGAAGCCAAACACGUGGUGAAUCUCGAGAAGUGCGAGUGCACUUGCCUGAAGUGGCGGACCACUGGGCUACCUUGCAGCCAUGCUAUCGCUGUUUUUAGUUGUAAAGGAAAGAACGUUUAUGAUUAUUGUUCGAAGUUCUUCAUGGUGGAUGCUUUUAAGGCGGCGUAUAUGGAAACUAUAAAUCCGGUUUUGGGUAUUAAUAAGAUGACGAAGAAAAAGGAAGAAGAUGGUGGGGAUGAAGAAGCUGUGGAGGUGCUUCCUCCUCCUAAUUCUCCGGUUUCGAGUCAACCGAAGAUGAAGGAGGUUAAGGCGCCGAAAGUUGGUGCGAGGACUAUGACCUGUACGAAAUGCAAGCGGAUUGGGCACAAUAAAACCUCGUGUAAGGGCGAGUUGUAGGUUUGUGUACCGAAUCCGGAUUCAAUAACAUGGCUGGCUGGCUGUUGGUAUGAUGAAUAGGUAUGUUGUACAGCUUUGUGAAACUUAGUUAUUGACUUGUAGAAAGAUAUAAGGGAGGUUUUUUUUAUAUGCUUUUUUUUAUAAUUUGUUUUAAAAAGGGAUUAUUAUUAUUAUUAUUAUUAUUAUUAGUAUUAUGUGCUACUAUUUUAGGACUGAUUAACUUUGCAAUGCUUAUGUUUGUUGUAAGCUUGACUUAAAAACAUUUUAUAUGGCUGAAAAAUGUUAUGCUUGUUCUUA